AUUCUACAAACAAAUGCAGGAUUUUCAGUGAAAUAACCAUCUUCUCUAGUAGCAUUUAGAAGAAGAAAAUAAUACAAGAAAGAUGGCCGCAAAGGUGAAAGGCCUAUUAAAGGCCCUAGGUAUUUCUCAGAUGUUUGAAGAGGAAAAAGAACCAGAAAUGCAGAUUGGUCUUCCUACAGAUGUAAAGCAUGUUGCCCAUAUUGGAUGGGAUGGACCAUCCGUUGAAUCUCCCAGCUGGAUGAAAGAAUUCAAAGAACCAGGAAAAUUUCAUACAGCCCCUUUGGGUCCUCCACUUGAUUCUAAUGAUCAUCCAGAUAACAGAUCAUGUGUUUCCGAAGAUGCAGAUGCAAACCAAAAGUACAAGAAUGCAAAUUCUUCAUUACCCGAUGACCAACCAGAAGUGUCAAAGACAUCAAGGCGCCAUUUGUCAUCAGAAACUGGGAGUGGAAGCAGUAGUUCUCCAAAGAAAGCCAGAAGUACCAGGCGACACAAAGAGUCGUCCGAAGGUUCAUCAAGAUCAAGCCGACACAGCCGGCCUGGGUCGGGUGGUGGCGGCUCUGACUCUCCAGCAAGGGACCUACCGGACAUACCCAAAAAGACACGGCGGAAGAAAUCCAAGGAGGAUGGUGGAAUGGGGUCCGGAUCAUCUACCAGGACCUCUAAAUCCAAAGGAACCUCCUCUUCUAGUACAGCACAAAUGGAUCCUGGACCAGACACAGGAUGUGACAGUUCCAUAUUAAGUUCAAGAAACUGUGAGAUAGAGCAACAAGAACAUAAGAUGGAGUAAAAUUAACUCAGUCAAUUUUGUGUAGUCAAGUUAAAAACUGGGCACCUGUUUUGAAACCCCACAAUUUUCCUUCACAUUGAUUAGAACCUAUUUUACAAUAUAACCUUUUGAUAUAUCUUAUAUGUAGAUUCAGUCUCCUUCCUAGUUAUUUUUUUUUUCCCUUUCUGGCAUUCCUUUAUUCUGAAUCUAUCACAGCACAAAAUACAUCAUUACCCUGUAUCUAACUUAUAUUUGCUUCUUAAUAGAAGUUGGUCGUCAUUGUGCCGUGGAAAUUAUUCCCUUGAUAAUAUAUUAGUA